AUAUAUAUCAUUAUUAAAAUUAUAUAUUUUAUUUUGUAUUUUAAAAAUUUUCUUCCCUGAAUCUACACCACGGUUAUCAAAAAGUGAAAAAAAAAUGAAAAUAUGGCCUGUGCUUUUGUGCGUCGCGAUUUUCGUUCAAUGCGGCGACAGUGGUUUGUUCAAAUUUAUCAAACCACAUUGGUGGAUUGGACAAGCCAAAAAAAUUAUAAAGCUUCCUUUUGGUGAACGGGAACAAGUUAAUACUACCGUAGAAGAACCUGUUACUAUUCCACCAGAACCAACACUUACAACCCAGGAAAUUCUGUUCAACUUAGGUCCAAGCUUACAGAGUUAUUUCCAAACAAACGACCCCUUAAUCAAAAACAAUUAUAUUGUCUCGCCAAUUAGCGUAGCCAUAGCGCUCAGCAACCUGUUGCUGACCGCAGAAGGUUUGCAGUACGACGUGAUCUCAAAUAUACUACAGUACCGCUCAAAUGGAGAAAACAGAAAUCAUAUGGAUUUCAUCUGGGAUCUAUACAACGUAAUUAACUCAGUUAAAUCGUCAUUUCGAAAGAAUUACACUUUUUAUCGCAAAGAAGGACUGUUUUUCAGCGAAGACCAAGAACUUUCAGAUCAUUUCCUGGCCAAUACCGUCAGAUUUUUCAAAACUGACAUUGUGCCAAUGGAUUUUACAAAACAAAACAGUUUUCGCAAAAUCAAAAACUGGGUAGUCAAAAGCAGUCGAAAGCAUAUUGGCAACAUAUCGACGGCCGCUGUGAACAGCCAGAUGGAAUCACUGCUGGUGAACGUGGUGGUUUUUCAAGCCAAGUUCAAAGACUCCUUUCGAAAAUCUUCCAUCCGAAAAGAUUUCAGCGUCAAGCCGUUCAAACAGAUCAAAGUCGUCUAUUACGAGGGAUUCGUAGAAGGGGCAUUUUUCGUAGAAAACGAUAGAUACACUUUAGUAGGAGUCCCCGACCGAACCCAAAAAAUAUACCUCUAUAUUAUCCUCCCAAAGGGCUCGGAUUGGAUCCAGUACGAAAUAGCCACCUUCUCCAACAAUUUCAACUACCAAGAACUGUCAGUAAUCCAACAAAGCAGAGUGAGAAGCGACGUGAAGCUGAAAAUACCGGACGCCUUCACAUCUGUCGUGGCAUUCGAUUUGUUCAAGCCCAUUAUGAACAUAAAAAACGAACACAACAAGGAUUUUUCCCUGCCUCCUUCAAGAACUCUUAAGCUAAGCGAAGGUUUCGACUUAUCUGGUGUUAUGCAGUACAUGUACCUGAACAUGGAGCACUUCGAUGAUACUCCUGAAUAUAUUCCGCCAAGUCGACAGAAAAGAGAAGAAAAGGAGGAUUACAAGGACUUCACAGUUGACAGACCGUUUGUUUUCUUUUUAAAACAUGAAGAGAGCAACGCUGUGUUAUUCUGGGGUAGUAUAUCCGAUCCUUCAAAAAUAUCAAACUAAUUUUUGCAUGUAUUUAUAAAUAAACUAGUACCAAUAUAUAAAACUUUUAUUUAAUUACUAUUAUUUUUAGUAUAAUUACGAUUAAACACAUUUCGAAACA